CUUAAUUCGAGAGUACAUCCAAAUAGGAGCAAUCUAAAACAUAUUAUUGCUUAGUAAAAUAACUGGAUGGUGUGAGUUGAGUUGAGACAAUUAAGUGAUCAGAAUGGCCAACAUGCAAAUUGUUCCAGCUUACAAUAAGAAUAAUAUUGUUGAGGCACAAUAUGUUGAAAUGAUGGUACCCUUGUAUUCUUAUGGCUGCGAGAGGAAAAUAAAGAAAACCUUAUCCACUCUCAAAGGGAUAUACUCAAUAAAUGUGGAUUAUUGUCAACAAAAGGUGACUGUAUGGGGAAUUUGUAACAAAUAUGAUGUGCUACAAAAUGUAAGAAGCAAGAGAAACGAGGCUUGUUUUUGGAACCAAGAAGAAAAUGUUGUAUUAGAGGAUUCACAAGCACCUUCAUAUUCACCAAUUUCAUUACCAACUUUUCCUCACAAAGUUUUUAAGCCUUCUUUAUCUUUAACUAAGGUUCGGUCUCUAAGUUUGAAGGCAUGGAAGAAGGUAUUCACAAGAUCAUACUCUUUCUAAAAUGAACAAGUGACAAGUGGAAGCGAUGGGUUAAUUAAUAAUAAUUCGAGUAAUGUUCAUUUUGAUCAUUGAAUAUGUGAUGUUGUGAGAAUAGUUUUUUAUAGUAACAAAAUUAUAAAAUAUAUCUAAAUGUGUUUUUUUUA